UAAAUAUUUUCUGCUAAGAAAUAAGAAAUUCAAAUAACUCUGUAGUUCCUUAAAACUUUAUUUUUUCAUAAGCUUUUUUUAGAAAACUAAAUUAUACCAUUCAACGAUAUGGAUGAAAAUAAAAAUUAUCAAUAUGACAUAAAAUCAACUUUAGCUCAAUGUUGGGCAAUAUCAGGAGUAUGGUUCCUGCAACUCGAACUCGGUGUACUAGUCAUGAUAUCAACUAUUGUCAUUGGCGCCUUAGAAAAUAAUAAAUCCAAAGACGUUAAAGACAUAUUGACUAUGACAAGCGAAGAAGCAUCUUGGUUUGCUAGUCUGCUAUAUUUGUUCACACCUCUGGGAAAUGUUAUAUCCUCGCUUUUACUGGAUCGUAUUGGUCACAAAAAAUGUAUGAUACUGACAAACAUACCAUGCUUAAUGGCUCAUAUUAUGACAUAUUUUGCUGAAAACGUCACAAUGCUGUACGCCAGCUCAAUAUUAAUGGCAUUAGGCAUGGGAUUUUCGAACGCCCCGAGUCUUGGAUACGCCGGGGAAGUAUGCGAACCAAAACUAAGAGGUGCAUUGACAUCGGCACUGAAUAUAUUUUAUUAUGCUGGAUCCAUAAUAUUAACCAUAUUGUAUAGCUUUAACAUGCAAUGGCGAUUGACGGUGCUAAUGACCACCGUGUUUCCAAUUUUGAACAUUAUUGUAUUAUUAACGACACCAGAUUCUCCGAUGUGGUUAUUGACUAAAGGAAAGCAUUCAAAAGCACAUCGAAACCUCAGCAAAUUGAGAGGAAAAGUUUCGUAUGAUAAAUGUGAAAACGAAUUCCAAGAAAUGGUUAGAUACAAUAUGCCCACUAAUGAUGACGAACCGCAUCACAAAGAAAAUACAAAUAUUUGGAAACAAAUUGUCGAGCCUGAAGUACUAAGACCUUUUCGUCUAAUGAUGAUAUACUUCUUCUACAUGAAUUUAAUAUCUGGAUUACCAUUUAUGCCAUAUUUAGUACCAAUACUUAAUAAAUUUGCUACACCUGUUAACGCCGAAUGGACAAUAUCAUUUGCAAUGUUCCUUUCCAUAAUAGGAAGUUUAGCGGCAGUUUUUCUAAUACGUAUCCUAGGCAAACGAUUUCUUACAUUAUUUACGUUAUCGGUUUGCUCCAUUUUCUAUAUUCUUAUCGGAUUAAUUGGUGUUUAUUGGACAAAUGCAGAACCUAUAACCUCUUGGAUAGUACUUUUACUUUUUCUUUCUACAAUUUUAAUUUCAUCAAUUGGAAUAACGCCUAUUUCGUGGACCUUAGUCACCGAAAUAUUUCCUGCAAAAAGUAGAAACAAUUUAUGCAGUAUUUGUACGGGUCUCUGCUUUGUUAUUACUUUUGUAAUAACAAAAUAUUAUCCAGAAUUUUCAACACUAGUGGAUUUUUAUAAUGUAUUUACUAUAAUUGGUAUUAUUGGUUUAUUUGGUUGUAUAUAUUUUUAUUUUUGUCUACCAGAAACCGAAAAUAAAACUUUACAAGAAAUUACAGAAUUCUUCAAAUAA